AUGAUUGAAGUGGCUUUGAUAUGUUAUAUUGACGGGCAAAACAACAAGGAGAGGAAACAGAGAAGAGCAGCGGACAAAGAGAAACGAAUCGAUAUUCUGAAGAAUAAAAGCGCAAAACGCAAGCACACUGUGCACAAAGAGAUCAAACACAAUUAUGGGGCAGUCACGUUCAGCAAUGAGGUGGCAAUGGAAGCUGAUGUGAGAACGGAGAAAGAGGAUCCAUUCACGGAAAUUCGAGAAAACGGGAAUCGAAAGGAGAGCCAGCCGCCAAAAGAUGUGAAUCGAAUGUUCGAGAGUUUACAUGCAUUGGCAACAAUGGGACUUUUGAGUGAGGACGAGCCUGAGCCACAAUGGACAGCUGAGAGAAUUGAUCGCAUUUGCCGCAAGCUCUUCCCAGCCUCGUUCACCCUUCUCAACAUUGUCUAUUGGGUCUACUAUUUGUAUCACAGUUAUCACGCUAAAGAGUUGGCACUGAAUGGACAAUUGCAACCAAAAGAA